AUGCUACCUCUGCCAUGCGCCCCGGACUCCAGCUGGAGCAGAUUCCGGCAGCAGAUCGCCGCUGUCUUCAACGGCGUCGACCCUCGAGUCUUCACAGCCUUUUGGCUAUUCGGUAAGGAUAAAUUUGGUGUUUCUUCUUUGGUGGACCGUUAUCUUAUACCGGUUAAUACUGCAGGCUUGAUAAAUAAUGUCCUCUAUGUUAUUAUUCUCUCUGCGGCACUCGAUCUCGUCGGUCCCAGCGUACCUAAGGGCGUUGUUCUGCUUGCCGACGUGGUCCCGUCCUUCUUCACCAAGCUAUGCGCUCCAUACUUCAUCCAUAUUGUCCCUUACCCUAUCCGCAUCCUCAUAUUCGUCGCCUUAUCCACGCUCGGCAUGUUUCUGGUUGCUUUGUCGCCGGCCUAUGACGCAACUACUGCCAAUAGUUCGAUAACAGCCAAGAUGAUGGGAGUAAUGCUGGCAAGCCUCUCUAGCGGUGGUGGAGAGCUCAGCUUUCUCGGUCUUACACAUUUUUUUGGGCCGUUUAGUUUGGCUGCAUGGGGUAGCGGAACGGGCGCUGCUGGAUUGGUGGGAGCUGGUGCCUAUGCUUUGGCUACUACAUCAUUUGGCUUUUCUGUCAAGACCACACUCCUGGCGUCCGCUCUUUUACCAGCAGUGAUGGUGAUAAGCUUUUUCGGUAUACUGCCAAGGGGGCCGAUGCUGCAGAUUAGAAGUGGGUAUCAGACUAUUCAAGAAAUCGAGAGAGGAGAGCUUACACGAGAUGACGAGCGUUUGUCGCAUACUAAUGCUGGGAGCGAUGGCCUACUUGCAGACACUGCUGAUGUUGACGACUUGAAACAUGCACCUCCUCAGGAUAAAGGCCUAUCAUGGCAGCUUUUCAAGGCGAACCUGAACCGUGCUAAGAGUCUAUUCUUCCCAUUUAUGUUUCCCCUGUUGCUUGUCUAUAUUGCAGAGUAUACCAUCAACCAAGGUGUCGCGCCUACACUCCUCUUCCCACUUCAGGAGAGUCCCUUUAGGCACUUCCGUGCCUUCUACCCAACAUAUAAUGCCAUCUACCAGGUCGGAGUGUUCAUCUCGCGGUCCUCAACCCCCUUCUUCCGCAUCCACGACCUGUACUUACCAUCAUUUCUCCAAGUAUUCAAUCUUGGCCUACUGACUCUGCACGCGCUUUUCAAUUUCAUCCCAAACGUCUACAUUGUUUUCCUGGCUGUUUUUUGGGAGGGUCUCCUAGGCGGAUUGGUAUACGUCAAUACGUUCGCGGAGAUCACAGAUCGCGUACCAAAGGAGCAACGAGAAUUUUCUUUGGGAGCAACCACCGUCAGUGACUCGGCAGGCAUUUGCAUUGCAGACCAUGUACUAGGCAGGCCUUCCACUCAGUUCCGAAAGAUCCAGGUCUUUGCAGUUGUUGCCUUUUGGCUAGUAUACCUUCUAAAGGGAAACAAGAAUGGUCCUCCAGGGGUACGAACUCUAUCGUCGCUGCUGCAUCGGCGUAUGACACCAUGGCAAACCACCGUCAUGACCAUGUUGACGCUAUAUGUCUCUCGCAACUUUGCUAAACUGGUCGGUCUGGAAUCCCCAGAGCCCCUUGCGAAUCUAUACUCUCGUUCCUACUUCCGGGCAACCUGGAUAGUCACUGCGCUCGAUGCUGGCUUUUGGACUGCAAUGAACAUACGCCGGAAAUGGCUAAGGGAUCUAGCAUCGCUGAUCUUUUCUAUAUAUUACCUUUUCGCAGCUGAACAGGCGGACGAGAAGGUGCGAAAGGUCAGAGCUACCUUGACCGUAGAGCAUCUGCGUGUCUCAUGGAAUAAGCUGGCUACCCCUUACCUUUCAUUUCUCUCACGGCUACUUCGGCCCCGUUUCUGUCGUCGUGACCCAGUUGCCAUCCGGAUACCACGACCCCGGGAGUCAUCGUACAAGGACCCAGUUCACGCAUGGCUUUAUUUUGAUGGCCCUCUGAGCAGCCUUCGGGACCAGACUGAUAUCGUUCUUGACAUCCCUGGAGGCGGAUUCGUUGCCAUGGGCCCACGGGUCAGUGAUGACCGCUUACUUGCUUGGGCUGGCAAGACGGGUGUUCCAAUUCUCAGUCUUGAUUACAAAAAGGCACCCGAAUACCCAUAUCCAUAUGCUUUGAAUGAGUGUUAUGAUGUAUAUCAUACGAUUGUGAUGACUCGAGGGAGAUGCUUAGGACUGAGUGGGAAGACAUGCCCACGGAUUAUUGUGACGGGUGAUAGCGCUGGUGGAAGUCUUGCAGCAGGGCUGACUCUGAUGAUUCUUCAAUCCGGCAGUACAGACUCUCGGAAGUGGAGAGGUGAAGAUUGCCUGCCAGUUCCUGUUGGGCUUGUGCUCGUGUACCCGAAUCUAGACCUGAAUAUUGGAAGCUGGAUGACGGACGAGGAGUUAUCUUUGAUCAGGGAAAGGGGAAUGCGGAAAACCAAUCGAAAUAUCCUGAGGCGUAAGAGUGAGGAUUACUAUAAGCUGACUCCGUCGACUCCUCGUCCCUCAGACGAUGAUCUUGCAGACGAUACUACUAGUCACUCCAAGUCAUCCACAAAAGAAGGAUCCAAACGUAUUUCUGAUGUUCCCACGGGAUCUUCGACUACUGCGACUGACAUGGCCAGUAAGUCUGGGGAUGCAAGCCUUGCAUCCCAAAUGAAAGAACUGGCUGAAACGAAGCCAAAGAAACUGCAGACUCGACUUGCCGUUACCUCUAUGAUAUCCUAUGUCAAUGAUCGCGUCCUCACCCCGGAGAUGAUGAGGGCUAUGAUAAUUCUAUACAUUGGUCCCUAUAAUCGUCCAGACUUCAGCACGGAUUUCCUUCUCUCUCCCAUGCUUGCUCCAGAGGCUCUUCUAGCCCAAUUUCCAAAGACCUACUUUAUGACAGGGGAACGAGACCCUCUGGUAGACGAUACAGUGAUAUUCGCUGGGCGCCUUAGACAAGCUAAACUUCAUCGGUUCCGUGAACGAAAGGAAUUAGGUCUUGAGAAGCCUGGGAAGAGGUUUGACGAAAAGGAGCAUGUUGAGGUGACUUUGAUACCUGGGAUAUCUCACGGGUUCAUGAGUAUCGUUGGGGUUUUCCCCGAGGGUUGGAAACACGUAUUCAGGACUGCCAGAUGGAUAACAGAGAUAUUCAAUUCGACUGAUAUUUCUAGCUCUGACGAGGCGAGAGACUUUAAGGCCUCCCUUGUGCAGCAACGACGAGCCGUUCAAAGUCUCAACCCAUCACUAUCGACGGUAGUCGUCGAGACGGAGAAACAGAGCAAUGGAAGCAUACCGCACCGUCACCACGAACGCUACUUGACAAGUGAAUCAUCUGGUGAUGAAGACGGGCCACUGGAAAUUAGCAUGUUGAAAAUGACCAAGAUAUCCCCUUCGCCUCCAGCAUCACAGUCUAACUCCCAACCCAAUGGAGCCUCUGCCACUUCAUCACUGAAACUGAAAGCUCCUGCGCCGAAGCGUAAUGAUAUACGGCGACCGAAUGCUGCAAAAUUAUCUCUUUCACCCCUUCCAGCCAAGAAGGAGGAAAGCCUGCGUAGUUCGGAUGUAAGCCACGGUGAGAAUGACUUGGUGCGGAUGAAACAAAUGAUAUCAGGGCUACGCCGUGAAGCAAGUUUGACGAGUUUACCGAGCCAUGAAGAUUUAUUGAAUAGACGGAUGGACGGGCUGGCUGGUGGGCUUAUGGGUAGAGGAGAAGAGGCAAAGACUCCAUGA